AGGAGUUUUUCCCCCGUUGCCUACUGCUGUUUUUGACGGUGAGUGCGUCGUACGAAAAUCGCGAGUUGCAAUUUGGAAGCGAUCGCGUCGCUUCGCUUUCCUAGUACAACCAACGAAAUAAUUUUUGAGAUUAGGCGUUAAUCUCGUCGAAAACAUUAAAACGACUAGUUAUUUUUUGGUACGCUACUGCACUUGUGAUUUUCUCGCAAGAGGAGCACCCACCGAAAUCGUGCCGUGAAAAGUGAUAAUCUUUAAGAAACAAGAAAAGCAAAUUUUUAUCGAUCGAUUUCUCUGCUGCUGCCGUUGACGUGAAUCUGUCAACGUAAAAAAAGUGGAAAAAUAAAAACGGGAGGGGUUCAGUGAUUGCGUUUUCGAAGGAAUUCCUUUGAUUUACUGAAGUUUUCAUCUGCAGCAAAAACAGUGAUUGGGCGAAUGCAAACCCGUGGGAAAAAUUAAGUGCUACAUUUAAAAGCAAGCAUACUUCCGGAAGCAUCUUGGCCUAUCGGCUUCGGAAUAUGGAAACCUAAAUCGACGCUGAAAGUAUUUUUCGAGGACCGGCGAACUAGUGAGCUUCUCAUUUUGUACAGUUCCGCCUGCCGUGGGGGUACGUGUUCGACGGUGAAACCCUGCGAGAUACGACGAAUCUAAACCGAGGGCAAUCAUUCGGGACUGUUACGAAGCGAUCUCCAGUAUGACCAGUCACCAUGCUCCACCGGAAACGUAGUUCAUCUGAAGUGACUGCGUUCAAAAUCAAAGUUCUGCUUGGGGAACUCCAUGUGUAAUCAAUUGUAGAUAGAAUGGAAAGCUAAUAGUUUAAGAUCAAAGUGACUAGAACUGAUAGGUGGUGAUACCCAAGAACGAAAAAAUAAAUCUCAGAGAAGCUGCUCCCUGUAAGAUCCAGUUAAGUCUAAAAAGUGCGAUAAUUAGGCGACAUAGUGAUAACACUCGUUACCGAAUACAAUUUUAAAAUGCUGAACUCCAUUUCCAAACAUCUUAUGCAUUGCGCGUUACUCUUCACACUGCUGAUUGUGUUCGAAGUUUUCUCCGGUGGUAUUAAGGUUAAUGAAAAUAGCUUCGUUUCGAUCGAUCCCUGGGAGGAAUAUGGCACAAUACCAACGCUGCUGCUCUACACAUUGCGCAUGCUGACGUUUCUCACCUUACCACAAGUACUGUUCAACUUUUUCGGCUUGGUAUUUUAUAAUGCCUUCCCAGAAAAGGUAGUGCUGAAAGGAUCACCACUGCUGGCACCUUUUAUCUGUAUUAGGGUAGUAACUAGAGGUGACUACCCGGAUCUAGUCAAAUCGAAUGUUAUGCGUAACAUGAACACAUGUCUAGACACAGGCCUAGAGAACUUCCUCAUUGAAGUUGUUACCGAUAAAGCCGUCAACCUGCCGAAACACCGACGAACCCGGGAAAUCGUUGUCCCCAAAGACUACAAAACCAAAACGGGUGCAAUGUUCAAAUCGCGCGCUUUGCAGUACUGCCUGGAAGACACGGUGAAUGUACUUAACAAUAACGACUGGGUGGUACAUUUGGACGAGGAAACUUUGCUUACGGAAAACAGCGUGCGUGGCAUCAUCAACUUUGUGCUGGAUGGGAAACAUCCCUUCGGGCAGGGCUUGAUUACCUAUGCCAACGAGAAUGUAGUCAACUGGCUAACGACGCUGGCGGACAGUUUUCGUGUAUCGGAUGAUAUGGGGAAGCUGCGGUUACAGUUCAAAAUGUUCCACAAACCGUUCUUCAGUUGGAAGGGGAGCUACGUAGUCACUCAGGUCCACGCUGAAAAGGAGGUUUCGUUUGACAACGGCAUCGAUGGAUCGGUCGCCGAGGAUUGCUUCUUUGCGAUGCGUGCCUUCGCCAAGGGGUACACGUUCAAUUUCAUCGAGGGCGAAAUGUACGAGAAGUCCCCUUUCACGCUGUUGGAUUUUUUGCAGCAGCGGAAACGUUGGCUCCAGGGAAUCCUGCUGGUGGUUCAUUCGAACACGAUCCCAGUUCGAAACAAGUUGCUGCUCUGCAUCAGCGUGUACUCCUGGGUCACGAUGCCGCUGUCCACUUCGAACAUGAUCUUCGCCGGUUUGUAUCCGAUUCCGUGCCCGAAUUUGGUGGACUUUUUGUGUGCAUUCAUUGCCGGGUUCAACAUCUACAUGUACGUGUUCGGUGUGAUCAAAUCGUUUUCACUGUACCGGUUCGGAGUGGUCAAGUUUCUGGCUUGCGUCCUGGGGGCCCUAUGCACCAUUCCUAUUAAUGUGAUCAUUGAGAACGUGGCCGUUAUCUGGGGCCUUGUCGGUAAAAAGCACAAGUUCUAUGUAGUGCAGAAGGACGUGCGAGCACUCGUGACCGUUUAACGGGGUUCGAACUUUCGGUUUGUGUGGGUUCAACCCGUAUUUCUGGUCAGGUUUUAGGGAAGGCCACGGUCGUGGAACUACUUUAUACACUAUCUGACGAUAGACUUUAGCUGUAUUAUUAUUAUUAUUAUUAAUUGCGAGAAUUUAGUUUUUUCGAUGAGAGGUAAGUUUAGCGAGUUAACUGUUGUUAAUGUACAUUUUAUAGGGAUCAGUUUUUUUUUCUGAGUAAUCGGGAAAGUGGAAUUUUGCGUAUCAUUUUGCAGAUGAUCUUCAUAGAGAAUGACAAGUAUAUGUUAUACGUGCGACUGAGUUUGCGUUUUCAAUUUUUUUCUUUAGAAGACUAGGAUAUCGAAUGUGUGGGCAAUUGCGAUACAUAUAAAGCUACAAAGUUUAUUGAGAUUUGCAUUGUUUGUUAUUUAUUUUUUGUGAUUAUUUCGUAUAAAGCUGUUUAUCGUAAUGCUUUCACAUAUACAACUACAAUAUUUGGGAACUGUGUUCUCUUUCGUGUAUAAUUAUUGACCAGCAAACCAUUGGCAUUUUACCCAUCAACAAUAUCUUUAAAAUCCCCGAGAUAACAAAAUUGUCGUAAUUUGAUUACACUCUUAAAAGUAAAAUCACAUUAUUUCACAUAUUAGAAAAAAUACACACAAACAUAGAUCUACCUAAGAUGAAGUUCAAGGCAAAGUCUCAUUAAUUUUUGGAAAUUUUUCUAGGUUCACAUAAGUGGUUUCAGUAUUCGUUCAUGCUCUGCGGUUAAGAAAAAAAAGUUAAAAUUCCGCUUGUUGGAUACUGAUUUGAAAUCGUAUCAUAUUUCACGAAACUACUCAUUUAUUAGAACCUGUAGUCAAAUAAACUGCACCAUAAGGAGCAGGUGAGCGAAGCGCAAAGUAAAUUACUCACAAUAAAAAGAAAUUGAGAAGAGAAACAACCAUCCACGUCCAUACACGUUGUUCACAACCUAUUUGAAAUUAGUGAUGGUAUCUAUAAAAUAUCGAUAAGUAUAAAAAUGAAAAGAACAAAAAAUUCAAAAAGUAAGCAGUAUAAAAUUUAGCAAAUAAUUAUUGUCGUACCAUUGGUUAAUGAAAGUAAACUCUUUAGAACAAAAUAAAAAGAAUGAAACAUACGCUAGAAGUUAUUUCCAAAUGUUCUAGGAUGCUUAAGGAUUGUUUCUAUUUUUUCUAUAGGAACAACCAAUUUGAUAUAAACAAAAACUUGAGAAGCAGUCAUGAUGAGCAAACAAGCAAAACACAAAAGUAAUGCAUGAACUACCUGUAAUGGAAUUUCUGAAAAAUAUUAAUAAAAUCAAUGCGAUUCAACAAUUAUGCGAA